GUAUACACCCCUCCCAGUCCUAGUCAGCUGCACUCCCUCCCUUUGCUCAGUUCCUUUUUUCAGUAUGUGUUGUUGUGUGCUCUACUUAUAUAAGGCAGGCUGUCAGCUCAUUCGUCCGGUGUCAGUCUGUGCGUGCAGUGACUUACUACCCCUAACAUGGCCCGCAUACCCUUAUUCUUGCUGCUGCUCUGGGGCUCCUACUCAUCCUCGGUGCAGGACUGGGCAGCCCCUCGUUAUAACAUCAGCCUGGACCUACCACCCGAGCAGCGUUGGAAGGAAGUCAUCUCACAAUACAACCAUACCUUCCUCAAGGAGAGCAUGGAAUUCAUCUAUACAUCAGCAGUACCAAAAUGGGUUCGUGCCCUCAUCUUUCCUCUGGCAGAAAUUGACCUAAUAUUUCUAGCCCGGGAACCCUAUGCUGAUGAGAUAAGAGGAAUAGCUCGAACACUUGAAAUCGGUGUUGGAUAUUUAUUAGCCGUUAACCUUGCCUAUGAAGCUACAGCGUAUUGCACCAGUAUAAUUGCUCAAGACACAAAAGGAAAUAUUUAUCAUGGGAGAAACCUGGACUAUGCUAUGACUGAUGUACUUAAAAACCUCACUGUGGAUUUGGAUUUUAUUCAGAAUGGAAAGAUUGCAUAUACAGGAACCACCUUCUUAGGGUAUGUUGGAUUAUGGACUGGUCAAAGCCCUUACAAGUUUACGGUAUCAGGGAAUGCAAGAGAACGUGCUGGAUUAUGGUGGGAGAAUGCCAUUUCUGCUUUUUUCAAGAGAAGUUCACCUGUCAGCUGGCUGAUAAGAGAUGCAUUAAAUAAUGCCAAAGAUUUUGAGGCUGCUGCACUACAGCUUUCGAAGACUCCAAUUAUAGCUGAUACGUAUUACAUCAUGGGUGGCACUCAGCCAAGAGAAGGGUUGGUCAUCACCAGAAAUCGGGAUGGACCUGCAGACCUCUGGCCUUUGGAUCCCCAAAAAGGAGAAUGGUUCCACGUAGAAACAAACUAUGACCACUGGACCACCCCCCCACCCUCUGAUGACCGACGAACUCCAGCUAUAAAAGCAUUGAAUGCAACUGGACAAGAAAACAUCAACGCAAUCUCUUUAUAUAAGGUGCUGUCUGUAAAGCCAGUGCUCAAUGAUUUAACCAUCUAUACAACAACAAUGAGUGCUGCUUCUCCAGAGGAAUACUCAACUCGAAUUAGGAAUUAAAUGUAAAGACUCAAAAGUAUAAACUGCUCCCUGUGAAGAUCUUCCUGAAAUAAUGCAUUCUAAAACACCUGUGUAUGAUGGACAAUUUACUAUAAUAGGCCACAA